AUGAGAGAUUGUUCUAUUUGCUUCAGGCUUUAUCAGGUGCGGCAAAAGUUGUAUGAGCUACUUCUUAAUUGUAUUCCUCCAGAGAUCAUCUUGAAGAGGCUUCUUUAUGAGUUAUUGAAGAAGUUGGAUGCAGAGUUGAAGCACGAGGUCUGCCAUUGGGCUGCAUAUUAUGUAGGUAUUUUGGACGAAAAUGCAUAUUAUGAACAUAGGAUGCGUCUUGGGCAGAAAGCUAUAUUUCACCUUGAAGCGUUCGUGGCCAAGUUCAUGAGCAUUUAUAAGGGUUUCCUCAUUGCAGCAUUUGGUUGAGCACCAGACUGGCAUGAUUUCCUUGAAUCUAAAAUGUUACUUUGAACAUGAUGGCAAUGAAAUGUACAUGUGUCACUAUACAUUAUGGGAAGAUUUUGUAGCAGUCUCUUUUCUCUUUCAUUGUUUUUCCUUUUCUAUUUGAAAAUUGGCUGUACCUCCCGAAGUUAAGAUCUUUGCCUGGCCGUUUCUACAGAAUUGGCUAAAUACUACAGAAAAAGUUAGCCAAUUUCAUGGACAUCAGAUGUCCCCCAUCUGUAAUCAAAGUGAUGAACUUUUUAAUCAUCUCUGUUUGGAGUGA